AAUUUGUCAUCCAUUAUUAUUCAUUAUAUGUAUUUAAAAUGUCUUCAUUAAAUCAAGAUUCUGUUAAUUAUCAGAAUGCAAUUCAUAAUGUUCAGGCAUUAGAUGAUUUACAAAUAGUUGAUGACCAACCUUGUAUAGAGGGUAAUUCGCAACCAUUACAAUGUUUUGCUUCUCUUGAUACAAAAUUUGAAGACAGAGGGGCUUUUAUUACUGGAUGUUCAAAAUAUAUUGAAGAAGCAAAUCGACAAGCAGAAUUUAAUGAAAUGUUAAAUAAAGGAUUUGAACAUGCUGCUAAUUUAUAUACUUGGAGAUGUUGUUCUAGAGCUGUUCCAAUGCCUAGAUCAAAUGAUCAGCCAAAUAGAGUUGAAAUAAACGAAAAAAUAGUUCAAGUACUUGGACCUGAAGUUCAAAAGUUGAAUGAAUUUAUGAAAUUUACUUCCUUGUCAAUUGAUCGUUUUAUUGAAGAAUUUCAAUCAAUUUCUCAUCCAGAAAAACGUAAAGAUUUUGUUUCUGAAUCUCUUUUACUAAUGAUUGGCAAAUUAUUAAAUAUGUUUGUUGUUUUGGAUGCAUUAAAAGAUAUGAAGGCCUCGAUAAAAAAUGAUCUUUCAACAUUUCAUAGAGCAUCACAAUCUCCAGAACACAGCCUUACUCUUUUCCUUGCCACUCAAAAUAGAAUUAAACAAACAUUAAGAGAAAAAAUUCAAAAAGUUAUCGCUUUUUGUUUUUAUUUAAUGAAUGUUGAAAUUUAUAAUAAAUUGGAACAGAAAAAAAGAAUUUUUAUACAAAAAAUUGAUAAAAUAUUUAAGUCAGUAGAAGUUGUCCCAUUAUUUGGGGAUAUGAAUAUUCUUCCCUUUACUUUUGUUUCUCAAUGUAAACAUCCAAAUCAAUGUGUUGGACAAUGUAAAUGUUAUGAUCCAAAUAAAUGGCCUUUAUCUAAUAUUGAAGCCGAAAAAUGUCAUGUAAAUAUUAUAAAUAAAUUAAAUCAAAUAAGAGAACAACACGACCAAUAUAUAACACAUUUGGGAAAAAUUAGAAAUGAAUUUUCUAUUUAUAAUAGAAAAGGCCCUUUAAAUGAUAAUGAAAAUAAAGAAAUUGCUGAAUUGACUUUAAAUGGAUUACAAUUAAUUUGUUUUUGGACUAGUGAUGUUGUUGAAACUAUUGCCUGGAAAUUAUUAAACCCUUCCAAUCACAGAAAGAAUCCAGAAUGUCCAGAAAAUGCUGAAACUUAUGAAUUAGCAACAAAAUAUAAUUAUAAUAAUGAAGAAAAAUCGGCAAUUGUUGAAAUUAUUUCGAUGGUUAAAGGAAUUCAGUCAUUACUUGGACAAAUGGAAGAUGAAUUUUGUGUAGCAAUUAGACAACAUAUUUAUGUUGAAAUGCGGGAUUUUGUUGGGGGAACAUUAAUUGAAUUACAAACAAAAGCUUUAAAACAUAAAAAGGAUGUUUUGUCAUGUAUUUUAACAGCAAUAAUUGAGACUUGUUCUGAUCAAUCAAUGAUUGUUGGCAAUCAAUUGGGAAAGUUUAGUUCUAGAUCCUCAGAACUUUCAUCUUCUUCAAAAUUAUUAAAAAAAGGAAAGAAAUUAGAAAAUAAUAUUGGUUCAAUGCCUGAUUUACGUGUUGGAAGAAGGAAUGUUGUUCCAAGUAAUACACAAUUAUAUUUGGCUCGAACAAUGUUAGAAUCUAUUAUUUAUGAAAAAUCUGCUUCUACUGGCCGUAGAGUUUAUAAAAAAGAAAUUGAUGAAAAAUAUAGAGAAAAAAUGAUUAAUUUUUUGCGUUCUUCUUAUUUUUGGCCAAUUCUUUUAGAAUUUAAAUUUUCUUUAGAAAAAUGUGCUGAUCUUUCUCAACUUUGGUUUCGAGAAUUUUUUCUUGAAAUGGCAAUGGGGACAAGAAUUCAGGUAAAUUUAAAUUAA